UUAAUUUCGUUAUCGAUUUAAUAGAGGGACGAUCGAUCUUGUUAUUUUCCAAGUUUGUUGGAGAGAUGGAGCAGCAGUACUGUUGUAACAAACCUAGUUCAUCAUCAUCAUGUAAAGCAGCUGAUAGAAAGACAAUUGAGAAAAACAGAAGAAAUCAAAUGAAGGAUCUAUAUAUGAAGCUCAAUUCACUUGUGCAUCAUGAUCAACAUUCUAAGGAAUUUUUGUCACUGCCGGAUCAACUGGAAGAAGCCGCGAAUUACAUAAAGAAACUGCAGAUAGAUUUGGAGAAAAUGAGACUCAAAAAAGAAAGCUUAACAGCAGCUGUUGGUACUUUAAAUUCAAAUUUAAGCAGUAAUACUAAUGGGAGAAUAUUGGAAAAUACAUUGCCAUUGCCACAUAUUGAAAUUCACAGUGUGAAUGCAGCUCUAGAAGUUCUUCUAAUUACUGGUUUAGAUUAUCACUUCAUGUUCAACCAUAUCAUACGUAUGCUUCAUGAAGACGGCGUACAAGUUAUUAAUGCAAAUUAUACUCUUGUGGGUGACACCAUCUUCCAUUCCAUACAUUCUAAGGUGGGAGAAAGUGCAACGUCGUCGUCAGGAUACGGAGCUGCAGCAAAGAUUAUCUCAGAGAAAUUGAAGCAGUUUGUGGGUGCAGCUGCUACCUAGCAACCAACCAAGUUAUAA